AUUAUCUUGGCAAAGGAGAAAUGCUCACUAACUUGGGAUGUAAACAAAUAUGCAAAAAAAUGUAGAGAAAUAAGCUUUUUGUGCGUAUGAAAAAGUGUAUAUGAUAUUUUAUUUCAGCUCAUGAAACCAACACUUUACACGUUGCGUUUAUAUUUUUGUUCAGCGUAGUUAGCCAACACUGACUAGGAUAAUUCAUUUGACAGGCGACAAGGUGCCGACACCACAACUCUGCAUAGCUAUAUGGGGCUGGGUCUACCCUGUCCUGUCUGUCUCAAAGCCAGCUUUUCUAUGACCAUGGAGUUGGUUAAUGGAGCCUUUGUUACAUGCCAGCUGCUGGCAUCAGUCCAACAGACAUGACUGUAGGAGUGGACAGCAUUCAUAUCAUGUGAGUCAGGCCCACAUCUUGACUCUGGAUCAUGCGUUUUACACUGCGACCCCGGAGUGGCUGCUUGGUGCUGUGUCUUUCUGUCUCUCUGCUCACCCUGCUGCUGCAGAGCCUCUGGGUGCCUCCAGAGAUGACCAGAGAGGAGCCGGCAGGUGCAGGGAGGUCUCCUGAGGAACAGGGUCAUCAUGGUAACAGCGUGCGAAGACUGGCUCUACGCUUAGAGGCUCUGAGCUCUCAGGUGCAACGGCUAGCGAGGGAGAGAGACGCUCCCCAGCCUGCUAAAGAGGAACUUACCAACCUUCUGCAAAGUCUCCGGCAGGACCAGGAGGGUUUGGUGCGGUCCGUGGAGAGAGAGCUACAGAGAAUGGCCCAGAAGCUGGAAAGCCUCGGUCAUCAGCCCCACACACCACGACCACAAGAUGACCACAGACCGCAGACAGGUCUCCGUGAGGUUUGUGAGGUGCCCGAGGACCCUGUGUAUCCCCACUGUGCUGAGAAAGUUGAGUUCCUGCAAGCCCGUUGGGACUCAGACCCCUGCUAUGCUUUCUAUGGGGUGGAUGGUACCACCUGCUCCAUCCUGACCUACCUGAGUGAGAGAGAAGACUUCUGUCCCCCCCACCCUGGAAGAAACCAUUCAGCACCACCAUGGCACCAGCAACCACACACCCACAAAGAGAAGGCAGAGGUCCGGACGACUCUGAGGCCAUUGUAUGAGGUGUUUGGUGGAAUUCCGGGUCCUGCAGGAAGGUUCAUCUGGUCCAGGGUGGAGAGGCUGUCUGCAUGCUGGAUAAAGGCGGGACAUAGCAUACGAGAGAACACCAUUAAGACGACUUCACUGCAGAAGAGGGUCCUGCUGUACCCGGGGGUCCUGUCUGGGGGUGCGGGUCAGCGGUUCGGGGCCAUGGUGGACCAAGGGGGGCCUCUGGGGGAGCUGGUGCAGUGGGCUGACCUCAGUGCCUCUCUCUUCAUCCUGGGUCACAAUCUGACCUUUACCACCUCCCAGAACCACCUGCACAGUGUGAUAGGUGCAGCCCCGGGCAAAGGAAGCUGCCCCAUCCAGAGGCCCCUGCCCUUUGACCUCAUCUAUACAGACUACCACGGCCUCGCCCAUCUCCAGGGAGCCAUGGGGCUGGCCUUCCAACACUACCAAUGCCGCUUCCGAAUCCUUGACUCUUUUGGUACGGAACCGGCUUUCAACCUAGGGACGUAUGCCCGUAGCCAUGGUUACAACACGCUAUGGGGAAGCUGGCGUCUACAGCCAUUGCAGUACAUGACCAUGUUCCCUCAUACCCCUGAUAACUCGUUCCUGGGGUUUGUGAGUGAGGAGGCGAUGGUGGAGCAGGAGGAGAGGGAGGAGGAAGUGGAGCCAGGGCCUUACAGGAAGGACAACACGGCUGUGGUCUAUGGGAAACAGGACUACAUGUGGCAGGGCAAGGAGCGUUAUCUGGAGGUGAUCAGUCAGGAGCUGGAGACCCACGGCACAGUGUACCAGCCUCCAGGCCACUCCGCUCAGCUGCCCAGUAACAUCAUCAACCACGGCCUGCUGACCCAGGAUCAGUUCUUACAGCUCCUCAGAAGAGCCAAGGUGUUUGUGGGCCUUGGGUUUCCAUAUGAGGGUCCAGCUCCUUUGGAGGCCAUAGCUUUAGGGUGUGUCUUCCUCCAGCCGCGCUUCCAGCCCCCUCGCUCCUCUGAAAACAGUGACUUCUAUAAAGGGAAGCCCACAACACGACAGGUCUCCUCCCAGCACCCCUAUGCUGAGGAGUUCAUCGGUAAACCCUACGUUUGGACCGUGGACAUGACCAACACUACUGACGUUCAAGAGACGGUCAGGGCUAUUCUACGCACAGAGGUCAAGCCCUUCACCCCUCGAGAGUUCACCAGUGAAGGGAUGCUGGAAAGGGUCCAUGCUUACAUCACUCAUCAGGACUUCUGCAGCGUGUCCUUCCCUACCUGGCCACCUGAGAGCGCUCUGAGAAUACACCUGGGCCCCCUGGGCCAGUCGUGUGUGAGUGUGUGUCGACGUGCCUCCCUGGUGUGUGAGCCGGCAUUGUUCCACCACCUCAACAACCCCGCAGCGUUCACCAGACUGGGCCUGUCCUGCUCCAACAUGGACCAGGAAGUGGACAACCAUAUAUUUCCUGCCUACAGCCCGUGGGGUCGUCGCUGCGGCCUGCAGCGGGAGCGUCUCCUGUUCAGCUGCGCUGGGUCCGAUCCUGUCCACCGCAGACUCUGUCCCUGCAGGGCCCACCGGGCAGGACAGGUGGCGCUGUGUCCUGACUGCCUCUAAGGGGCAGACUCUGGGGAUUCUCAUUGGAGAAAAAGGAGGAAAUGGAAGGUUGAAGUGCAUCCUAUGUCUGGAGUCAUGUUCACUAGGCACGAAGCAAAAGAAAGCACCUCUCCAUUUCAGUUGGUUAUCUGAACAUGUCCAAUAGGAAAUGCUUUUUUUCGUUCUAUUGCAAAAUUUUGUUACAGUGUGCCCUGAUGAACACAACCCUAGGCUCACAGGAAAUGGAUGUCACGUUCCCGGUUUAUCUGAUAUCACUCAGGAAGAAAGAAGAUAUAGAGCCCUGAUCCGUCAUGUCUCCUCAGUUGCACAAAGGAAUAGGUGUAACGUAGGCAAAACACGUUUUCUGUCUCUCCAUAUAGGCUUGACAUUACUUGGCCUCACACAGGAUAUAUCAGUGUUGUUCAUUCCCAGUAUAUCUGAUCUCUCUGCCUUCGCCUAUGUGGCCUGUAAAGUGACCACAACCCACUCUAUGAUAAACUGAGUCAGGCCUCUAAGCAGUUUUACAACCAGAGAGUCCAUCACAUCACAUUCAAGUAAUAGCUUCAACAGAGGGCCAUCACUCAUUGAUGUGGGGUGAAUUUAAUGAAGUAAUACACAAUGUUGCAGGUGGAAAUGUGAUGUGUAGUGCUGACAUGACCCACGGUUCUAAAUGACAAACAGCCAUACCUGAUCUACACAAUACAUUUCUAUCAUAACGUUCUCUUGAACAGACUUCCAUAGUAGUGGUGGACUGGGGCGUGUGGGAUUACUAGCCAUGUACAACGGCCGCUCGCGUCGCAUCGCCGGCCCUGAAUAUUACCUCAAUCCUCCUCGGAUGCGUGACAGAGUAAAUAAUGGGGGCCAGAGCCAUGUAUUUAAAAAUAGUCAAAAUUAUAGAAUUUUGAAUAUUGUUCUAAUUAUAGAUAUUCAGUUACAUAGUAUUAAGUAUUCCACAUGUAAUGUUAAUGAGGAGCUAAAAUGGCUGCCAUAGAAUGUUGAAGUGUCAUGUAAAUGCAUCAUAAUACAGAAAUCAUAUUGGCCCAACUCUCUAAAUACUUGGCUCUGAUGGGGGCCAUUAUCAGAGUGAAUCAUGGGUAAUCAGCACUGAAUGUCUUUGAGAGGGCAAGGCAAUAAGACCACGAUUAUUCUCUCAUAUAAACACAGUCAAAAUGCUGUACUAUACGCUAUGUGUACUGUAUAAGAUAUGUGUUUAUAUGACAGAAUAUUAAUAGUGUUAUUGCCCUAUUGCCUUUUGAUAUGAUAUAUCAAAAGUGAUCUGGCUGAACUUGUACAGAGGACGUAGAGAGGACGAUUUUGAAGGACGGUAUCCUGCUCAGGAGCGAAUGUUGAACUGAACUAACAAACAGACCCGAGCCAAAUGAAGUGAGGGGUGAUGGGUCACAAAAAUGAGUGUGGAGGUUGGGAAGCCUGUCUUCUUCUCGCCUGGCUUCUUCCAUCACCCCUUUCUCUAUAUAUAAGAGUGAGGGAAGAAGUAAGAGACCGAAACAGACGUAAAUGAAUAGCUCUAAACUGAGGGCUCUUAUCUCUUAGAAGUGAUCGGGUGGGGGCUUACACAGUGCAGCUGCUAGCCUAGCUUCAGUCCAAGUCCUUGUCUAUGGGCUCCUUCACCUAAAACUAGAAAACUGAGAGAGGGUUUCUCAGAACAGACACACGUGAUUACCGUGACUGUCCCAAUGCACUCCGCGUAACCCAAACACAACACAGCACAGCUCAGGAAUUGGACUGGACCACUCAGGGCUGUGACAGGAUUGGUCGACAGGAUGACGGACAGCUCAGUGACUGUAAAACGGCUGUCUAAAACAACAGUGGAACUGACAUAAGCAGAAUGUUUAGCAAAUUCAGCUGGUCCUGUCAAGUGAGACUUGAAUGUGACUUGACGUACGUUCCAAAGAUGAUAAGAGUGAAUGGACUUUUGUUUUGUUUCAAGGCACUGUUCAUCAGUUAUGGAAAAUAAAAUUGUACUUGACCCAAAGGAAUUAUACAAUGAGAAAUAAGUU